AUGGCCUCCAAUCCUGAUGCUCACAUUUCGCACUAUCUUCUAACCGUGAAAUCUCUCCCGGUUUCACAAGUCUGGCUUUCUAGAUUUCUUUCUUCCCAAAGAUCAAUCCCGGUUUCUCUACCUGCCCUUACUCAGACUGCGUUAUUCCGCCUUCUUGCAUCCGAUUUUACCACCUCACUAGCCCCGGCACCUUCGAAUCUCCUUCCAACCAGCGUCUCCGAUCCAAACAUAAGAGAAACGAAGAUACCCGGGCCAAUUCCCUUACAGGUCCUCGAUAUUGAGGACAUCGGGAGCAGUGUAUGGACCCAGAUUGAGGCAAUUGAGCGAGUGGAGAGGGGCGAGACUACACGAGGACGAGAAAUUAUCCGCACUGUGAUGAGAGAUGAGGGAGGAGAUUCCACUGUAGGGAAUAAUCCUAAUUCUGGAAAUAUGAGCUCCAAUUCUGCCGUACUACAGGGGAACAACAAUACGUCUCCAAAGUCAGGCCCACAUCGACUUGUCCUUGAAGAUCCACGAGGAACGAAAGUAGUCGCUAUUGAACUAAGCCCGGUCGAGAGCGUAGGAAUUGGUAAAAUGCCAAUUGGCGCAAAACUACUUAUCAAAAACGCUACUGUUGCGAGAGGCAUGCUGCUCCUUGAACCAAGCUGUGUUACUGUGCUGGGUGGCAAGAUCGAAGAUGCAGACACAGCAUGGAAUGCUGGCAGGAAAGAUAGAUUGCUAGCUAAGGUGCAACAAUUGCAACCCGAACAAACUUAG